CCUGAACCUGAUGUUGCUAAAACAACCCAACAAGUCUUCUUUUAGAGAGUCUCUCAAAGCUCUUGAAGCUGAUAUACAACAUGCCAAUAGCUUGGCGGCUGCUAUACCAAAAGAUUAUGGCGGGGAAUAUGUUCAGAUGAGAUUAUCAUAUAGCCCAUUUGCACCCUUAGUUCUGUUUUUAAUUGAAUGGAUGGAUUAUAGUUGUACAGAUAGCCUCCCCAGUUACUUAGGCCUGCUCCACAUACUAGUUUACAAGGUUUAUGUUGAUGGAAUGCCAACAUUGUCCUCAAAAGAAAGGAACGCUUCUCUAAGGGAAUUUUAUGCUGUUAUCUAUCCUUCACUUAGGCAACUUGAAGGUGAAUUUAUUGAGCUGGAAGAAAACAAUAAGAGAAACCGAUGUACAGAAGUUUCAAGUGGGAGGAGAAUUGAAGACAGAAGAAAGCUAUCUGAUAAAGAUUUAGAGAGAGACAAUGAGUGUGGAAUAUGCAUGGAAAAUUGCACUAAGAUGGUACUACCUUACUGCGGGCAUUCAUUGUGCAUAAGUUGCUUCCAUGACUGGAAUAUGCGAUCUCAGUCCUGCCCUUUUUGUCGUGGUGGCCUAAAGAGAGUAAGCUCUAAAGAUUUAUGGGUUCUCAUUAGCAACAUUGAUGUCAUUGACACAGUUACUAUUGCAAAGGAAAACCUGAGGUGUUUCUACCUUUAUAUAGAGAAUUUGCCCCACAUAACACCUGAAACACAUCCAUAUGUACAUGAUUACAUGAUCUGACUUACAGAGGAAGGGUGAAGUAGUGAAUUAUGGUAUGUGCUGGCCACCCAUUGUUCAUAGAGUAUGGUUAUGGGGAAGUUUGAUCUCAUUUACCUUGGCUGGUUGAAGAACUAUUUAGUUGUAGAUGUAUAUAAUUAACUGAGCGUCUGGAUUCCUAGUUUAUGAAUAUGGCGCUGAAAAGCAGGCAGCUUUGAUGAUGCACGAUGUACCAUUAUGAGCAGCUUGAACGAAAACAAAGAUUAUAUACCAACGAGUAUAUGGCAGUAGCAACAAAUGUAAAUAUAAAGAAUAAGGUAUGCUUGGCAUUCACCUCAGCUUUUUGGAACCUGAGUGUUGGAAUGAACAUGCAAGGAAACUGCAUCAUAGUUGGUUUCUGCUUAUAUCAGAUGAUGUAUAACUAAUACCAUAUAUCAAAUGUAUUGUCUUUCCCCCCUUCUCUUGAUUGAAUGAAGAAUUACUAUGAUGCAUUACGAUUAGAAUGCUUUGUACCAUAAGUGGAGCAUCACUGCAAUCUCAGCAAUGCAAGAUGACUAGUCAUCAAUCAAUAGUUUUCGCCAAAAUGUAGCUCCAUGGUUAAAUGGUAAAUACACAUGGGCGGUUAAUAUCUCACUAUGGUUUCUGAUGGAACAAGCUGUGAUUUUCAAGUAGAAAUUCGGUUGCUUUGGUGAUUACAUAAUGUAGUUUAAUACCUUGUAAGAUUUCUUUGGUAUAUACUUACCUUGUAAUGGACUACUAGUGAAUAAA